AAAACAGAGUUCAAAACGGGAGCACUCUGUUGUGUUGUGGCCUCAAGGCCACUGGUAACAACCAAAUCACCACCCCGCAGCAGCGGAAGGGAUGUUCCCCCAUCGCGUCAAGAUGAUGCACUGCAAUGGCGGACAAAUCUCAGCUUCUCACCUGCUGUAUAUACUAGAGAAGGUUUGGAUCAAGAUACGAGUGACGAUGAUGACAGUCACAGGUUUGGACUCUACUCGAGCACAAGUAGACGAAGUGAAACUCUGGAAUCCUGUUUUCAGCAAUCGCCAAGAUGGGCUUCAAACUCGUCUGCUUCUGGUGGGAUUGAAGAGAAUGCCAUACCAAUAACAAAUAGCUCAAAGCCUCCAUGCUUGAAUGAGGAGAAGAGUUUUGAUAGAGAAAGUACAGCUAUCUCCCCGAGUUUUAGCUCUUUGCAGCCUCUUUCAGCACCAACUGCCUCACGGGUGACUCCAAGCAAACAACCUUUAAGUCUCACUCACUGCUCUUAUCCUCUAGUCUUCAGCAACCCGGUUUCAAAUUGUGAGAAUCCUCAACUUGAUCAUUCGCAACAAGACUCAUGCACAGAUCCUGUUUCCAGUUUCAUGACGUCCACAAGAAACCACCAAGGCUCACCAGUAGAGGAGGCAUCACCAAACCCGAGUAAUAGUGACAUGCUGCUAGAUGUGGAAAGAUCCAACGAAACACAAGUAGAAAACCACCAGACAUCUGAACCAGGUUCAACGACACAACAUAGAUGCGGAGUCUGCAAAAAGCUCCUAUCUCAGAGAUCUCCAUGGUGCUCUCACAAGAUACUGAGAAGCGAAGACAUGCCAGCUGCCGGUGUUUUCCCCUGCCACCACGUCUACCAUGUCGAAUGUUUAGACAAAGUGACCCCAACUUCUCAAACCCGAGACCCGUCUUGUCCUGCCUGCUCCGAUACCAUCGAGCAACCACUGAUAGUCCCUGAGACGCUGCAACAAGCGCUAAGAUCUCUAAGAAGAAGCCACACAGCUCUGGGUUCAGAGCUGCUUAGUAAUGACAAUCAAACAAGACAGAUUAGAAGAAGAAGAAGACAUAAAUGGGAGAAACUCAGCUGCUGUUUGAAUAUAAGCUUCCUAUCUUCUUCCUAAAACCCAACAUGACCUGAUUCUAUUUAAGUUCUUCUAUAUAACACUUUACUUGGAUCUAGCUCAUAAAUGUAACCAUAUGUUUAGUGAUUUACCAUGCCAUUGUAACAACAAAAAGGAUGAUUUUUUUA